CCAUCCGUCCGGGAAAGGCGCCUGCGCCUCGCCGAGGGCCGCUGCGCGCGCAGGCGCCGGGCCGGGCCGGGGCCGGAAGCGGCAGGGCCGCGGGGUUAAAACGCCGAGCAGGGCCGCCGCCUCUCCGGGCAUCCCCGUUGCCGCUCUCGCUGCACGUUCCGCCCCACAUCACGCCGGCCAUGGAUGCGCGGGCCCGCGCCAAGCGCUACGAGAAGCUCGACUUCCUCGGGGAGGGGCAGUUCGCCACCGUUUUUAAAGCCAAGGACAGGACGAACGACCGAAUCGUUGCUAUUAAGAAGAUUAAACUGGGGCAUAGAUCAGAAGCUAAAGAUGGAAUCAACAGGACUGCCCUCAGGGAGAUAAAACUGUUGCAGGAGCUAAGCCAUCCAAAUAUUAUUGGUCUUAUUGAUGCAUUUGGACACAAGUCGAAUAUUAGUCUGGUCUUUGAUUUUAUGGAAACAGAUUUAGAGGUUAUUAUAAAGGAUACAAGUAUUGUGUUGACACAGUCUCACAUCAAGGCAUAUAUGCUGAUGACACUUCAAGGAUUAGAAUACUUACAUCAGCACUGGAUUCUACACAGGGAUCUUAAACCAAAUAACUUGUUGCUAGAUGAAAAUGGGGUUUUAAAAUUGGCUGACUUUGGCUUGGCAAAAUCUUUUGGAAGCCCAAACAGAGUUUAUACACACCAGGUAGUAACAAGGUGGUACCGAGCCCCAGAACUAUUGUUUGGGGCUAGAAUGUAUGGUGUUGGUGUUGAUAUGUGGGCUGUUGGUUGUAUUUUAGCUGAAUUGCUCCUCAGAGUUCCUUUUUUGCCUGGAGACUCUGAUCUUGACCAGCUGACAAGGAUAUUUGAAACACUGGGCACUCCAACGGAAGAACAAUGGCCUGGGAUGACAAGUCUUCCAGAUUAUGUCACAUUUAAGCCAUUCCCUGGAAUGCCACUUCAGCAUAUCUUCAGUGCAGCUGGUGAUGAUCUGCUCAGUCUUCUUCAAGGCUUAUUCACAUUUAAUCCUUCCACUAGAGUAACAGCUACUCAGGCAUUGAAACAGAAGUAUUUCAGUAACCGACCAGGACCCACUCCAGGAAAUCAGCUUCCAAGACCCAACUGUCCUGCUGAAGCUGCAAAGGAGCCACAAAAUGCACUUUUAAAUUUAAAAAGGAAAAGAACAGAAGGAAUAGAUCAAGGAUUACCAAAAAAACUGGUUUUUUGAUUGCUGUGGAUGAUGAGUGAAAAUGCCCUGAGUCCCCAGCCAUUGAUAAAAUGCUGUAAUCGUCGCUGGAUGGUUAUUUUUCAAUAUUUUCAUAUGUAAAAUAUGAACUUAUUAUUUCCUUAUGGACAGAGAAGUUUUAUUAACCCUUCUUUUUACAAUAAAAUCAUUAUUGAGAAAAAAAAGA